AUGCCAAUUUUGUCAAUCUUUAAAUUUUUAGCUGAAAGACCUUCAGAUGGUAGAUUUACCCAUUGUUGUCAUAAAGGUAAAGUCAAAAUUACUCAAUCACCAUAUCCUGAUUAUUUAAAAAAUCUCUUAUCUAACUCCUUAGAUCCCUUGUACAAAAAUUUCAUGCAUCAUAUUAGAUCUUAUAAUAGUGCGAUCGCCUUCGCCAGUAUGGGAGCACAAAUUUCAGAAUUAUCAGGUAAUGGACCUUAUUGUUUUAAAGUUCAUGGGCAAAUUUAUCAUCGCACAUCGCAUUUAUAUCCCCAGACUGAUAUUCUGCCUAAAUUUGCUCAGUUAUAUGUGUUGGAUACAUCUCAGGCCAUUGCAGGACGUCUUCAGCACCCUGCCAAUUCUGAUUGUGACAUAAAUAUCAUGAGACAUUUAGAUCAGCUUAUACGCCAAAUUAAUCCCUAUGCUUUAAGUUUCAAAACCUUAGGGGAAGUUGAGAAAGCUGAGUUAUCCCUUGCAGAACAUUCAAAUAUAUUACUGCCAAAGAUUAAUAUGAUAUUUCGCGGAGAUCGUUCUAGCGACCGUAGGCGGUAUAAUUUUUCUACAAUUGAUGACGUAGCAAUGAUUUUUAGCGGAGAUCGUUCUAGCGACCGUAGGCGGUAUAAUUUUCCUACAAUUGAUGACGUAGCAAUGAUUUUUACAAAUGAUGAUGGGGAACCUCCCUUUAAGAGAGAUAUAAAAGUGUAUCCUAGAUCCAAUGGAAAUAAUUUAGUAAUUCUUAACGUAUUAAGCCCUAAUUUAGACCUAAUGGUUUACCCUGUACUAUUUCCUCAUGGAGAUCCAGGUUGGCAGCCUAAUAUGAUUGCUGAAGGCUUUGAAAAUUCUGGGCGUUCAAAAAUAUCCAUGCUACAAUUUAAAAUUGCCCGUUUAGCGGUUAGACAAAAUAUUUUUAACCCCCUUCUUAAUUCCGGGAGGCUAACUCAACAAUAUAUUGUAGAUUCCUAUCUACAAGUUGAAGCUAAUAAUCUUAAUUUCAUAUAA